GCUAAGCAUUAGCCCUACAGUACAAUUUAACCCUUACAGCGUGUGGCGUCCCCCUCUCCCAGACUGUGACUGUAUAUGGUUAGAAAACUGUAGAUGUCAUCUGUCCGGUGGUAGGCGCCCUGUGUUUGCCAUCCCCAUAACCCUAGCACACAACCCCACUCUCACCAGCGGGGUGAGGAAGAGGUGGUGGAGAUACCGUAACACACAGUAGUGAGGCCAAAGAGAUGCCUAAGGUGUGUGGGGCAGCAAGCUGGUGGUGGCUGUGUCUGGGAAUGUGAGGGAUGUGCAGCCUCGAGAGUGAUGUGUACUUGCAGAGCGUGUAUGCCUGGUGCCCCGGGGCCCUGGUAUUGAGAAUUACAUGAUUUGUCCGUAUCAGGGGACUGCUUAGCAGAAAUGAGUGAAUGCUUCUGUGCCAGACCCUUGUUUGCUACUUUUUUAUCCUCAUCUGCUCAUCGCUGGUGCCUGUAAUCACUGGGCCUGUGAGGAGACAGUGGCACCAGCGGUGCUGGGGCCUGGCUUCUCUUCUGUGUUGGAUGCUUGGGAGGAAGAUGGGUGAGGGGUAGAUGUGUAGGGGAUGGAUUGCCAUCUUUGGGGGAGAGGCUGUUCAUGGUUUCAUCUGUCUCCAUCUUGCCAGGGCACUGUGACCUUUGAGGAUGUGGCCGUGUACUUCUCCAGGGAGGAAUGGGGUCUCCUUGAGGAGGCUCAGAGACGCCUGUACCAGGAUGUGAUGCUGGAGAACUUGGCACUUGUAACCUCCCUGGGUUGUCAGCAUGGAGCAGAGAAUGAGGAGGCACCUUCUGAGCAGGGCGUUUCUGUAGAAGGAGCGUCACAUGUCAGGACUCCCAAGGCAGGUCUUUCUCCCCAGAAGGCCAGCCCCUGUGAGGUGUGUGCUCCAGUCUUGAAAGACAGUUUCCAGUUGGCUGAGCACCAGGAAACCCAGUUCGAUGAGAAAGUGUACACUGGUGGGACACAUGGGAAAAGAGUCUAUUUCAGCGGAAACCUUCAGCAGCAGCAGAAGGAGCACACUGGAGAUCAGCCCUUCAGAAGCAGCGCGAGUGGAGCUUCGGUGGCAAAGAGCUGCAGACGGCAUGUGUCAGGGAAGGCCUUCAUCUGUGGGGAGACUGAGAAGGACUUCCUGGUCAGCUCGGGAUUCCUCCAGCAACAGGCCACACACACUGGGGAGAAGUCAAACAAUGGAACUGAGUGUGGGGCAGCCUUCCACAAGGGAAAAACUCAACACCACUGGGGAGACUGCACAGAAGCUCUCAGCAACCAACACACAUUUGUUCAUCACCAGAGAGUCCUCCCCGGGGAAAGAUGUUACAUGUGCAGUGAGUGUGGGAAAUCUUUUAGCCAUAACUCUAGCCUCAUUAAACACCAGAGAGUUCACACCGGAGAAAGGCCUUAUGCGUGUGGGGAAUGUGGGAAAUCCUUUAGUCAAAGCUCCAACCUCUUUCAACAUCGGAGAGUUCACACUGGAGAAAGGCCCUAUGAGUGCAGUGAAUGUGGGAAAUCUUUUAGCCAAAGUUACAGCCUGAAUAACCAUCGGAAAGUUCACACCGGAGAAAGGCCUUUUGAGUGUGGAGAAUGUGGCAAAUCAUUUAGUCAAAGAUCCAACCUCAUUCAGCAUCGGAGAAUUCACACUGGAGAAAAGCCUUAUGAGUGCAGUGAAUGUGGGAAGUCCUUUAAUCAAAGCUCUGCACUCUUGCAACACCAUACUGUUCACACUGGAGAAAGACCCUAUGAGUGCAGUGAAUGUGGGAAAUCCUUUACCUACAGUUCCAGUCUCUUAAAACACCAGAAGGUCCACACUGGAUCAAAGCCUUAUGAGUGUAGUGAAUGUAGGAAAUCUUUUAGCCAAAAUUGCAGCCUUGUUCUACAUCUGAGAGUUCACACUGGAGAAAGGCCUUAUGAGUGCAGCAAAUGUGGGAAAUCUUUUAGCCAAAGCUCUGCGCUCCUUAAACACCAGAGAGUUCACACUGGAGAAAGGCCAUAUGAGUGCCGUGAAUGUGGGAAGUCCUUUAGGCGAAGCUCCAACUUCAGUGACCAUCGAAGGGUUCACACUGGAGAAAGGCCAUAUAAGUGCAACCAGUGUGAGAAAUCCUUUAGUAAAAGCUCUGGCCUCACUCGACACCAGAGAGUUCAUACUGGAUUGGGCCUUAUGAGUGUCUUGAAUGAGAAAGCCAUUAGCCAAAGGCCUUACCUCAUUGAUUACCACAAAGUGCACAUGGCAAAGACAACUUAGUUGUGUAGCAAAUGUGUUUCCUUGUUCAGUGUAACAGCACUCGAGGCGAUCUCUUUGGAGGGGGCCAUCUGCCUGUUGAGCCUCAUGCAUCCAGACAUCAGAAUAAAUGGCAGGUGUGUGGGAGCUGCAUUGCAUGUUUCAGCGUAGGCCCGUGUCAGGUUUUUAUUACUGUUGAUUCUGUAGCAGCAGCCAUUCACCUCUGCCACAUGGCAGGUGCCACACGUGUAUCAUUUCUCCAUCUUGACACGUUCAGAGAAGUAAACCUUCCUGUUUUCCCAUUUGUGGUAAAUAUGUGAGAAGCCAAAGUACUCAUUCCUUUCUGUCUGAUGACCCAGUUGUGGCCCAGAGGACUCCAUCUGACUUUCCAAGUCACCUUUUUAGGGAUGUUGUUGGUCUGGGGACUCUUGUGGAAUUUUUAGCCUCCAAGUCACCAACCCAGGAACAGCCUGCCUCCGUCAUUCUGGUUUGUGCUAUAACAAAGGCCUUAUUGUUUGAGUCGCCUUUAUCUUGAGGGUUAGACUCACUCUUAUGGGGUGGUUUCAGAACAGUGGAAUGUUUGUGCACUUCAGGGGGAUGGGAUGAUGGUAGUCCUCUCUCUAGUUUGGUCCUUGUUUGCAUUGCUGCCCAAGGCCUGUAGGGAAAUUAUGUCAGGUUUUGUGGCUGAAUUGUAGCCUAGAUACAGGACAUUUUGUGGCGUUGGAGCUCACCCUGAAGAGGGGGCAGUUGUGACAACCUCUGGUACUUCUUGGAACCACAUAAAAUUCUUCUCUGCUUUGCAGGGGAUACUGUAUCGUGCUCAGCACUGGUGCAGGAAUUCUGUACCCAGGUCCUGCAAACGAGUGAUGUACGCUGAUGUCCAGAAUUCUGUGUGGUAGUGUCACUGGCUGAAAGACUAUGGGGAAAUUAUCAUUGUAUACGAACAGUGGGUAAAUAGAAGAGUGCAAGAGACUGCAACAUCUGGUUGGAAUGAGCCUCUUUUAAAAGGGCACCUGCCAUUGUUCCAGGGGCGCCUGGGUGGCUCACUCAGUUAAGCGUCUGACUCUUGAUUUCGG